AUGUCCUCCUCAUUCGCCCCGCCUCCCGGCCCACCCCCGCCAACAGUGCCCGAGGGGUGGAAAGCCCAGUACGACGAGCGCUACCAGGCAUGGUUCUACAUUAACAUCGCCACGGGUAAAUCGCAAUGGGAACGCCCCGAAGCACCACCACCAUCCGGACCCCCCGCGGGCCCGCCACCCAAUGAAUUCCCCAGCGACAAAAAGCAGCAACCCAUGGCCUCGAACAACCCCUACAAUCCCGCAAGCACCUCCAACAUUAUCGACGACGACGCCCGACUAGCCGCCAAACUCCAGGCCGAGGAGGACUCGCGAGCCCGCGCCGGCGGCAAAGGCGGCGCUGAUCGCGGCGCUGCAAAUGACUACUACGGCGAUCCUUCGAGUCAAGGCGCUGCACCGCCCAGCUACGCGGGUGCAUCAUCAUCCUCGCAAAGCCCCCUCCCGCAAUCGCAAAGUCCCAUGCCGGAACAAAAGCGCAGCAAAGGCGGGUUUUUGAGUAAACUCAUGGGCAAGAGCUCCAGCUCCGGUUCUAGCUCUUCUCGCCCGUACCAACAGCAACAGCAAUAUGCAUCAUACCCGCAACAACAGGGUCCUCCACAGGGAGGAUACUACGGCGGCGGAUAUCCACCCCAGCAGGGGUAUGGUGGUGGAUAUCCCCCGCAAGCCGGGUAUGGCGGCGGUGGCUAUGGGUAUCCCCCCCAGCAAGGUGGAUAUUACGCGCAACAGCCGCCGCGAAAGUCUGGGGGUAUGGGAACUGCGGGGGCGGCUGCUUUGGGUGUUGGUGGUGGAUUGUUGGGUGGGUUGUUGAUUGCGGAUGCGGUGGAGGAUCUCGGGGAUCAUAAUGAUUACAAUGAUAAUGGGGGCGGAGAUUAUGGUGGUGAUGGUGGGGAUUUUGGGGGUGGUGAUUUCUAG